ACAAAUGGCUGUAUUAUUAUCGCAUUUCGUGUUUCAGACGAAACCAUUUACUUAUCGAGUGCUUUAAAAAACUAUAAUUUCCUCAAUUAGAACAUUGUUCGUUGUGAGCUUGCAUAAUGACUGUCCUCAAUGGGAUUUGGUGGCUUCUUUUGCUGGCUCUGAAGGUGGAGGCGCAGGAUUGCAACGACUACAUAGAACUAGUAGCUGGACAGGAAUAUUACAUAGCUAGUCCUUCCUAUCCCAAUUUCUACAGCCAACCAAUUGAUUGCGUUUGGAAUUUACGAACUGCCAUUGGCUCGCAAGUACUUGUGUCUUGCGAUCUACUUCUACCAAACACGCAAAAUUGCUAUGGGGGCGGACUGUAUGUUUCGACUAGCGGAAAUGUUCGCUUUACUGAUGGGAGGAUUUAUUGUGGCAACAACUCCUUCUCUGCAUACAGUCAACAGACUACAUUGGCUUUAGGGCUGUACGGGACAGGGAGUCCAGGUGGAAAGUUUCUGUGCACAGCUACAGCCAUCAAAUUGAGCACUCCAAAGAGUAGUGUACAGGAAAAUGGAUUUUUGAAUUGCGAUUGUGGAUGGCGGCCAUUGACACGCAUUCUUGGCGGUGUUGAGACGGGAAUCAACGAGUUUCCAUUCAUGGCUGCCAUAAUCUACAAGGGAAAUCUCUUCUGCGGCGGCAGCAUUAUCUCAGAUCGCUUCAUACUGUCCGCUGCUCAUUGCGUGGUAGGAAAAACCUCGUCUGAUUUUUUUAUCCUAGUUGGAGACCACAAUUUGAAUACUGGAGCUGAUACUCAAUCCAGCGGAGUGUAUAACAUGAAUGGAUACGUGGUGCAUCCAGACUACCAGUCUUCGACUCAGAAAAACGACAUUUCAAUCGUGCAGGUCAAAACUCAGAUAAUAUUCAGCGCUAAAGUGGGGCCUGUGUGUCUUCCAUUUCGAUAUUCAUUCAGAACUAUGAGUGGAGAACCGGUAUUACUUAUAGGAUGGGGACAAUUGGAAUUUUCUGGACCCACGUCUCCCACCUUGCAGAAAGUCGAUGUAAGAAUAGUUUCGACCCAACAAUGCAACCAAAUGCAGAGCGAAGUAAUAUCGCAAGGCGAAAUCUGCACCUAUUCGGAUGAACCCAAAGAUGCCUGCCAGUUCGAUUCAGGAGGUCCAGUGGUAUGGUUGGAUCGUGAUACGACAAGGUACCAGCUAAUAGGAAUCAUUUCCCAUGGUGUUCCAUGUGGGAGCGCAGCUCCAGCAGUGAACACU